AUGAUCUCCCAAUACCCUCUGGCCACCCUGCUGCCCUGGCCCACGAGUCCCAGCUACCACUGCCCAGACCUGGACUGCUCCUUGCUGCUGGAGGGGGAAGGAGGUGUCGCCCUGCAGAGGUACCAACCUCGUUCCCCGGAGAGCAGCCCCCGCCACUGGAGCUCAGUGCAGGACUGGGGGGAGGAAGUCGAGGAAGGAGCCAUCUACAACGUGACACUGAAGAGGGUUCAGAUUCAGCAGGCCGCCAACAAGGGAGCAAGAUGGCUAGGGGCGGAAGGCGAUCGUCUACCUCCCGGCCACACAGUGAGCCAGCUGGAGACAUGCAAAAUCCGAAGUAUCCGCGCUGGAACACUGGAGCGUCUGGUGGAGACGUUAUUGACAGCGUUCGGAGACAACGACCUCACCUACACCUCCAUCUUCCUGUCCACCUACAGAGCCUUCACCAGCACACAGACUGUACUGCAGCUACUGCUAGACAGGUACGGAAGUGUGGAAGAAAAUGAGCAAGACACAGGCAGAUGCAAAGGCUCUGAAAGCAAUGGAGCCAUCAGAAGUGCCUUGGCCUCUAUCCUGCGUGCCUGGCUGGACCAGUGUCCUGAAGAUUUCCAGGAGCCGCCUGACUACCCCUGUCUCCACAGGCUGAUGGACUACCUGCGCAAAGCCCUGCCAGGCUCAGAGACUCUUAGACGGGCAGAGAGUCUGCUGGAGCAGCUGCAGAGUCAGGCUGGCAUGGACGACACUGAUGCUGGUUUCCACGGCAACAGUUCUUUCUGCCUGGGGGAAGAGGAGGAAGUGGAGAUCGAGGUCCAGGAGGACUUCCUGUCGUUUGAGGCCGACCUGGUGGCGGAGCAGCUGACCUACAUGGAUGCACUGCUGUUCAAAAAGGUUGUACCCCACCACUGCCUGGGCUCUAUCUGGUCUCAGAGGGAUAAGAAACACAACAAGCACAGCGCCCCCACCAUUCGUGCAACCAUCACGCAGUUUAAUGCUGUGGCAGCCUGUGUGGUCAGCACAGUGCUGAAACACAGACAGAUCAGGCCACAUGUGAGAGCGCGGGUCAUCCAGCGCUGGAUAGACAUCGCUCAGGAGUGUCGAAUACGCAAAAACUUCUCAUCUCUACGAGCCAUUGUAUCUGCACUGCAGUCCAACCCUUUGUACAGGCUGAAAAGGGCAUGGGCCUGUGUGCACAAAGACAGCAUGCAGACAUUUGAGGAACUAUCGGACAUUUUCUCCGAUCACAACAACUACCUGACCAGCAGAGAGCUCCUCAUGAGGGAAGGCACUUCAAAGUUUGCCAGUCUGGAGAGCUGUGCCAAGGAGCACCAGAAACGCACCCACAAGAGACUCCAGCUGCAGAAGGAAAUGGGAGCCAUGCAAGGAACGAUACCGUACUUGGGGACCUUUCUAACCGACCUAACCAUGCUGGAUACGGCCCUUCCCGACCUAGUAGAGGGUGGUCUGAACAACUUUGAGAAGAGACGCAGGGAGUUUGAGGUGAUCGCUCAGAUCAAGCUGCUCCAGUCGGCCUGCAACAGCUACUGUCUGACUCCAGAGCCGUCUUUCCUCCGCUGGUUUAAGAGCCAGCUUCAGCUCAGCGAGGAGGAAAGCUACGCCUUGUCCUGUGAGAUUGAAGGUCUGGGUGACAGCAGUCCAACCUCACCCAAGCCUCGAAAAAGCAUGGUGAAGAGACUCAGCCUGCUGUUUCUUGGACCAGACAGUAAUUCAGCCAGUUCUCCAGUCAGAGAGACGCCACGCUCGCCUCCUACUGGCAGCUCAGGGGAGAGCAUGGACUCAGUCAGUGUGUCCUCCAGCGACUCCAGCAGCCCGUCAGACAAUGAAGGCCUCACCCCCACACACACCUCUGACUCCCAGCACAACAAGCUAUCAGAAUCCUCCUCUUGUAAUUCACUCCACUCCAUGGACACCAGCUCGUCGACAGCCAGCGUCACCAUGACUCCUGCGUCUCCCUCACUCCCAGGGCCCCCCUGCACCCACAGACGCUCCGUCUCCCUCACACCCUUGUCCCCCUGCUCCCCAAGUCAAACCCCGGCGUAUAACACCCAGGCCCAAGAUGCAUGCAUCAUAAGAGUGAGCCUGGAGGACGGCAAUGGGAACCUCUACAAGAGCAUAUUGCUGACCAAUCAAGACAAGACUCCAGCUGUAAUUUCCAGAGCCAUGGCGAAGCACAACCUGGAGGUGGAGCCAGAGGAGGGAUACGAGCUGGUACAAGUCAUCUCUGAGGACAGAGAACUGGUGAUUCCAGACAACGCCAACGUCUUUUACGCCAUGAACACCUCCGCCAACUUUGACUUCCUGCUGCGGGUGCGAGGCUCAGCAGGUCGGCCAGUCCAGCUGCGAAGCCGCUGUAGCUCAACACUCCCCCGGGCCCAGCACCGCUCCAGCUUGUCACUCAGACUCAGCAAGGUCACGCUGUGACCCUGGACUGCAUGGACUCGGCGGUUGGCCCUUACACCACUAAUCCAGGAUGAUACAGGGCACGGACUUGAUGUGAACUGUUGGGUUUUAGGUGAAGAGGCUGAUGGGAUACAUGGAUGAGAAGCUCUGGAGGAUUCAAGGAGGAACAGAUGGAGUUUACAGACUCUUAAAGAGCUCCACUUUGACUCUUAUCUUGCCGGCUCUCACCCUGAACUUUGCCAUCUCUUCUCGCCCUUUGCCCAGCCUUAAUAUGGAACAUGGAUGUGUAGCGUGACUGCUGUGCCAGUGACUUACGACGAGUGAUGCCUGUGACUGAGUGACACAGUGACCCCUAGUGGCAUCCACUCUUUACAACAAUGAGUUUUUGCACAUAUAAUGGGAGCAGCCAAACUCCUGACCUCCAACAGUAUUCUGAUAUUGAAUGAACUUUGUUUUGUCCUGUGAUGUCUGUGUAGCUGAAUAUUUACUUCUCUGGUAUAAGAAGUGUAAUGAAUGCAGAAAGAGGAGACGGAUGGUGGAACAGAAGGAGAAGUGGACUGAGUGUCCGGUCCUGUUGCCUUUAUUGAUGAAUGAAUGGACUUCUGAUAGUAUUCUGAAUGAUAUUAAUGAAUUAAUUAAUUGACAGGAGCUGUGAUGUCAUGAAUUUUCCUAGCCGGGCAUGUUUACCUGCCAUGUCCGGCUCGUGCACAGUGUGCACUGUGUGUUCAGCCCCUCUCAUAUUGUGAGCUGUGUGACGAAUGCAGUGUUUAGUGCAUUCUGAUUGGUUCCAUUACUUGGUUUUAACAAGUCCUUGGCAACUAUUGUAAUGGCCUUACCUGCCCUGUAUUUAAGGUGUAGACAUGAAAUUUGUGCUGCUUUCUAAUCCAGAAAGACGGUCCCUCGCAUCCUCACAUAUUCUUGUCCUUGUUUGUAAGCCGAUAGCAGAUGUACAAGAUCAGAGAGGAGGAGAGAAGUGACUUCCUGGAGUGGAAAACACCAUGCGAAGUGUCUCAAACUGAUGCAUACUUGUACCUCUUUGCCCUUCAUUAUAUGAACUAUAGAGUUGCACUUGUCAGUUGGUAGGAGAGGCCAAUGGGAUGUGAAUAUAGAAGAGUGAAUGAGCCGCUCUGUAAGUGGUUCUCUCCCUCUUCGCUAAAUGAAUUACUAUUUUUGUUUGUAAUUGUUGUUUUUAUAUGUUUUUGUAACACAAUUCAGGCCAGAAAUGUUUUGCCGGAUUGGAGAGUGAUGAAGUAAAUGUUAACAAAUUCAAAGUGUCAUAAAAAAAAAAAAAAGAAAAAAAAAAAAGCCAGUGCCAGAUUUUACUGUGAUACAUGUGGACAUCUUUACUGAGGGACACUUCACUUCAUGACAGACACAAAAGCCAAACACUUCUCCUCACAGUAAACACCCAUUUGUCUCUGCUCACAGUUUCACAGCAGCAUCACCAACACUUCUCACCUGUCAUAUUUCAUCGACCCAUUUGCAGAUAAACACUCACACUCAUUUUUUUUCUCUUUUAAGUGUUAGCCCGCUCCUGCAGAUCUUACACAGCUCAUGCUAUCGUGCCAAUUUGUUCAACCAGUUAAUGUUCUUUGGUUUAUAUUUCAUUCCCUCUGGGAGAACUGGUUCAGUGUUGGACUUGUGUUAAUGGCCCAGUUGGCCCAAUCCUUUGUCUCCAUGCAGCACUUCACUUUGAAAUGUUCUCAUUAAAUCCCCCUCAGUUCCUGUGUUCUUCACUGCCAAAGACUCUUCUUCUACCUGAAUAAAUAAAUUAUUAUCAUUAUUA